AUGGUCGUAGUGCAGUCUCCAUGGAGACCACGGACUCCUAUGGAUUCACAUGCAAAGGAGAACCGAGCCACAUGCGAGGAGGACCAGGCACAGCCACAAGGAGGACCAAGCUCAAGGAGCAGGCACAGCCACGAGGAGGACCAAGCUCAAGGAGCAGGCACAGCCACGAAGAGGACCAAGCUCAAGGAGCAUGCAGAUGGUUACCACUCAGGGGCUCGAGAGACAGGAAGUCGACACAGGUCAAGAGGAGGAGGAGCAGUGUCGAAGGAGUCGACACAGGUCAUGAGGAGGAGGAGCAGUGUCGAAGGAGUCGACACCACUCAAGAGGAACAGGGGUGCCAAGCAGGAGAGGCCCCUGAGCAGUACUCGAUGAAGAAACAGGUUAGCGGUCCGGAUAUAGAUAGAACCGAAGGCAGUAGUCCACUGCGGUCCGGGGAUCACUUCAAGCAUCAAGUCAACACACUGGACACUCGUGUUGACGCCACCAACUUUAUCACCAACACCAUCAACCUCAUUAUCAUCGACGCCACCAACCUUAUCACCAACACCAUCAACCUCAUUAUCAUCGACAUCACCAAUCUCAUCACCAACACCAUCAACCUCAUCAUCAUCAACACUCACACCAGACCUUGGUGUCAUCAUAACAUUGAUAUUGAUCGUGCCGAGCUACCCCUGAACGGAGUGUCCACAGAGAGUGGAUCGUUCAAGCAGCUCCUCACGAUCACCAUGACGGACCCAGACCUCAACAAUAAGCUCGAUAGACUACUCACUCUAUUGGAAGCACAGCUAGAGCUUACCAGACAGGGUCAUCGAGAGGAACGAUUACAACGAGCUCAACUGAGCAGGGAGGAGACAAUGGACCUCUCUCACUCAGAAGACCAAGCAGGAGGAGGAGAUGAGUCUAUGAUAGGAGACCCACAUACCCCUACUCCAGCUCCACGACCAAGACGAUCAGUCUCAUUCAACCUGGAUGAGCAGGAGGACAUCAACUAUGAGAAGUAUGCUUCACCUACUGGGCCAAGAUAUGUCAAGACUAAGCUGGACCCCUACAGCAGGACUAGGACGGACCCUUACCCCCUGGACCACGAGGAGGAUACCAGCAUCAUGGCAGAGCUUAACCGGUCAAAGCCCAUUGCCACCCCCUUUCCAAAGUUCAACCCCCGAGACAUGGAGAUCUUCAUUCUAGAAGCCGAAGCAUGGUUUAAGUUCAACCAGGUGUAUGAGCAGUCUAGGAUGAUCAAUCACAUGGGUGCUCAACUGGAAGGGACAGCAAGAGAGUGGUGGACCUCCAAACUCCGUAUUGAUAGAGCUAGAGAAGGAAGGUUGUUCAAUGAUUGGCACUACUUCACAGAGCGACUGUCAGAGCAGUUCAACCCACGCAAUGCUAGGAUGGAGGCAUACAACAAGCUGUUGGCUCUCAGACUCACAAGUGAUGCUCCUGGUGCUGCCACACGUCAUGUAGAGCGGUUCAGAGACUUGGAAGGACAGGUCAACCUAGAUGACAACGAGCUAGUGAUUGAUCUCUUCAGAGGUAGUCUCACUCGCAGCAUACAGGAGAAGUUCGAGAGGAAUCCACCUGGGAAGAGAUGGGAGUGGUAUCGAGAGGUUGAGGAGAUCGAUCGACAGAGGAUGCUACUACAGCAGUCCUCGGCUAGACACUCACUCCCAAAUGCCACGUCACCUCCACUAAGAACUGGGUCUCGGCCAAAUCAAAGUUCGAUCCCCAUCCGACAACCCACUCAACCUUAUCCAGCUCGAUCACCAGCACAAGCAACUACACAAGCAACUACACAAAACCUAAACAGACCAACUAACCGACCCCUUCCUCAUCAACCCACCCAACCCUCGAAGCAAGGAAGCCCUGCUCCAUCAGGUAUCAACACCUGUCAUGUAUGCAAGGGUAUCGGCCAUUGGGCCAGAGACUGCCCCAGCAGGAGGGUAAACCCUCUUAGCUCUCGACCCAUGGGACCAAAGGUUAUGGUCACCACAGCAGACCCCUUCGAGGAGGCCACCGACUCAGGAGAUGGCCCCACAGGCAGCACUGAGACGGGUGACCCCGAGGCCAUGGACCUCAGCUCAUACCAGCAACCCAUGGACCCCGAUCACGAGGAGGAGCACGAUGAUGAUGACGACGAGGGAAACGUCAGUGGGGUGAUGCACUGA